GCGUCCGCGCUCCGCGACGUGCUCUCGAAGGACGGCUGCGAGCUGAUGCCGGGCGUCUACGACGCGCUGGGCGCGCGCCUCCUCGCCGCGAACGACUUCCAGUGCGCGUUCAUGUCCGGCUACGGCGUCGCCGCGUCGCGCCUGGGCGACCCCGACGUCGGCCUCGCGGACUUGACCGCGAUGACGGACGCGGGGACCGCCGUCUGUCGCGCCGCGGGCGCCAUGCCCGUCGUCGGCGACGGCGACGCGGGCUUCGGCGGCGUCGCGAACGUCCGACGCACCGUCCUCGCGUACCACGCCGCCGGGUUCGCCGCGGUGUCGAUCGAGGACCAGAUUUUUCCGAAGCGAUGCGCGUUCAGCGACGGGAUGCGAGUCGUGAGCCGCGCGGAGGCGGUCGCGAGGGUCGCCGCCGCGGUGGACGCUCGCGACGAGAUUCGCGCGCGAGGUGGCGACUUCAUGAUCGUCGCGCGCACGGACGCGCGACUCGCGAGCGACGGCGGCGGCGGCGCGUUCGAGGAAGCGAUGUGGCGGUGCGCGGCGUUCGAGGACCUCGGCGCGGACGUCGUGUACUUCGAGGGACCGGACGGCGAGCGCGAGAUGGAGGCGUUUAACGCGCGCGUCGCGACGCCGUUCACGAUGCUCGCGCAGGUUGAAAAGCCGGGACGGAAGCUGUUGACGCCGACCGAGUGCGCGAAUCUCGGGUACGACGCGGUGUUGCACGGCCUCACGCUUCUGAGCGCGAGCGUGCGCGGGGUGAACGCCGCGAUCGAGGCGAUGAAGGAGGGAAACCGCGCGGUCGGCGACGAGUUGCUCACGCCGUUCGACGCGCUGUACGAGGCCGUCGGGUUCGAGGAGCACUACGCGCUC